GUGACUCUUACGUUUCGACCUCGACCUUCCAUGAAAAUAAUCUGGUAUGAGAUCACUGACAGCUAAGAUUUUAGAACAAGAGACAUUAGUUUUAUUUAUUUUUUUCAGAAGCAAAGGACGGAUUUGGGAGAUCUUAAAAUGGCACCAUAAAGGAAGUCAGCCAUUAUGACGAUGUAGAAUACCUUCUUAAAGUCUCUGUUCUUACCUCAGCCCUUGAGGAGCAUGCCUAGUCAGAUGUCUUAUUGUGAGCAAGAUUAAGAUGAUGGAUGACAGUACCUGUAAUUAGUGGAGGGCAUUGUCCAGGUCACUUACAGGCAAGAUUUGUGACAAGACAUGGAUAGCUUAAUUGUGGAUUUGGAUAAAGUGUUAGAUGACUUUGAGGCAGAAGAGACUGGAGGAAAGUCUUGUCCUGGACAGGAAGCCAAACCGUCAGAUUUCUCCAGCUUUGUGGCGCUGAAGGAGGACCGGCCGUGGGAGGACUUGUCUAACAUUACGGCUAGUUCCGACUCAUCGUGGACAGGAGGCGUAAAUCACAGCAAUCACAUGACAGUCUAUGACAUUCCCUACAGCCCUAGCGACCAGUUUGAUCUGUCAGAGGCCGACUUUGCUCCCUCCACAGAUUAUAAAUCUAGCAUUACUGAGAAUGGUUCUAUUGAGGAGAAAGUGGUGGCAAAGCCACCACACUUGGUCAUGAAUGGUGAUCACAAACUGGAAAUUGUCACUAAUGGAUCCCAGGACUAUAAAUACCCCAUACAGGCUCGUGAUGAGUUUACACCAGUUUAUGAGAACCAGCCAUUCCCCCCAGACUUGGCUCAUGCCAUCUCAAAUGGGGUUAACAAGUCAAAUCUGACCUACAUUCAAGAGGUUGGGGAGAAAUCAGACCACCUAAACUCCUCCUUAGCGUAUCAGUCUCAUGCAAAAGAUGCUGGGACCCACACCUCUCUAAAGCCAGGAUCUAUCCAGCAAAUGAUGCCCCCCACCUAUCCUUCUAUUGACAAUUCCAUUGACUCGGGUGUGAACAGUAUAGACAGCAACAUGACCCUCUCCCCUACAAAUCUGGUGCUGCAGCCAAUGUCACUUCAUACUGGCAACUUAAUGCAGCAACAGGUGACAAGUUCUGUACAGACUACUUCACAGAAUAAAACAGAACCACCAGCACAGGAAAACACUUGCCCAGUGAGUCGUGAGAUUCUGAACGUGGCAAACACUAGUCUUCUAGUGAACAGUACAACACAGAUUGGGUCUUCUAGUCAUACCACAGUCAAUGGCAUGGAAGCUGUUGACCUGCAAUCUAUGCCUGGUUCCUUUCAGAGGUCAGACAUGAACAAUGGAAAGGAAAAGUCCUCAAAUGUGUCUGAUUCUUCAGGAGAGGGAGAUAGACAAAAUGUAAACAGUGACAGACAGUCAUACAAGACUGGUGGGGACAUUCCAAACAGGGAGGUGGUUCUCAGUGUUCAACAGGAGGACUCGACAUGUGAUAAUCCAGGAGGAGGGAGUCUGGAUUCCAUUUCUGCAUCAGUGUCACAGGAUAUCUCGUCUGACAGCGAAUCUCCAAAAUCUGGAAACAUUGCACAGUCUAACACAGCACAUAUGAUGGUAGGCAGAGUCAGUAAUCCUGCAGCAAUCAGUGAUGUUUCCCACAAUUCAGCAGAAUUUUCCCACAGGGAGGGUCAGUUCUCGAUGGCAGAAGUGAAUGUUACAGAGAAUGCGUCCUCAGUAGAUACAACUUUCGUUAAGGAAAUCCCCUCAAGCAUGGAUCCGGUAACUAUGGAGCCUGUAACUAUGGAUUCACCAGCUGUCGUUGGAUUCUGUGAUUCUGAAGUCGACAUAUCAGACAUUGACAGCUAUCUUGGGGAUGUUAGUGGUAACAUACAAACAGAUGGACAGAAAGCAACUGUUCACCCCGAAGAACCUGUGAUCCACUCCCCAGAUUUCAUGGAUUGUACCCAAACAGGAGAACAAAACAGUGAAAAUGUGAGUAAAAGUGACUUAAUGGAGACCAAUUCAGUUACACAACCCUCUCAGUGUGACGUUCAAAGUAAUGAGAGAGUAGACUUACUGAAUACUGUGCAGGAACCUGAACAGGAACAAAUCUCUCAGGGUGAAGAACGUUCAGUAGGAAAGACUGUUUCACCCAGAGAGUCCACAGAUUUGGAAAACCAAGAUCUCCCGGAGCCUCCUCUCUCCCCAAUGGGUGCACGCCCCAAGGAGCCCUUGCAACCAGUCACUGCCCUUCCUAGUGAGCUACCAAAGGUAUUAGAUGCUCGACCGAAGGAACCUACUCAGCUGAUAGUCACACACGGUGAACAAAACACAGAACACACCUUGUUAGAGCAAAGUAAACAAGGGGUCAAUGAUACUAAAUCAUGUGUUCAAAUGCCAGACUCUGCAGAGGAAAUGGACCCUGAUUUAGCUGCAGCCAUUGCUUUGUCACUGCAGGAAAGUGGCAUGGAGGAAGCUUUGAUGAGGCCCCAUGAUGAGUACACUCAGUCAGAGGGCCGUCCCCACUCCUGGGGGCCAGGGGAGGUGGGAACCCAGCAGCAGAGGAGACCUAAUAGUUUGAACCUCCCCCUCCGAGGUGAGCCAGGUCAUGAGAGGUUAUCAGCUCCCUUUACAUUCCCAUACCCCAACAACACUGAGACUAGCCCAGAAGUUGAUGGUACACCUGAGGGCAGGUCCUCACAGGAUAAUGCUCAGGAUCUGACCACUCAACUGGAGACCUCUGCACCAAAUCAAGAACCAUUAGAGGCAGGGUUUAAUCCCUCGGGCGUGGGGCAAGUGGCUCCAAAAUGGAUACCUGACAAUGAGGCCCCAAACUGCAUGGGCUGCGACAUGAAGUUCACCUUCACCAAGAGGAGACACCACUGUCGAGCAUGUGGAAAGGUGUUCUGCUCUACGUGCUGUAAUCUGAAGAGUCGCCUUCCGUACAUGGACAACAAAGAAGCUAGAGUAUGUGUACCCUGUCAUCAGCUGAUUGAAGCGGAUUUGUUGAAUGAAGCAGAAAGAGGUAUGGUAUCGACCUCAGGUGAACGAUCUGCAGCCUCAACCCCUGCUGGUGUACUCAAGCGUGAUGGGACACAAAGACGACAGGAGCCCAAACAGGUAAUGUUUUCUGACGGAAUCCGGCCGGGAGGAGACCUGACGGAGCUGGAUGGUUCGAACCUGGCGUCAUCUCGUCUACCGCUGCGUCGAUCUGCCAGAAGUCAAAAACGUGUAGAAAAAUCAAGUGCAGAUGGUGGUGGGAGACGAGUGCGCUCGAGUGGGACCCAGAGGACUCAAUGCCUGAUCCCCGAGUCUGGGUUACCUCCUGUAGUCGUUAGUCUCAAGCCAAAUGAAGAAGCAGUUCUUGAGGACAACCCAUCAAUAGAAAAGUACUUACCACAGAUAAAAGAUGACAAUGCGGACCCUGUGACCUUUGCACUUUGUUCUAACCUCCACGUUUUAGUCAAGAUACUCUCAUUGGACUGUUGUGUUAAUCGGGUGUGUUGGAGUUUUACGUCACGGGGUAUGUGUACUGUUGGCCAGGAUGAAAUCGUCAUAAUACUAGAGACUCUCCCGGAGGAGGAGGUCCUUCCUGUGGACAUUUUCCGACAUCUGUACCACGUGUACGAGGAAGCAGGCAGAGGUAACACGGUGUCAGACAUGGGACAUUCAAUAUUUACCCAGACAUUCCUCGACGACAGAGACCACGGGGGAUUUCUCUACAUAAAGCCGACGUUCCAGUGUCUGCACAAACUUGUGCUGCCUACACCCCCCUACCUGUUUGGGAUCCUCCUACAGAAGUGGGAAAUGCCCUGGGCCAAAGUCUUUCCUAUCCGCCUUCUAUUGAGGCUUGGGGCGGAAUACAGAUAUUACCCCUGUCCAUUGAUCAGUAUCCGAAAUCGAAAACCCGUCUUCUUUGAAAUAGGACACACAAUCAUGAAUCUCCUUGCAGACUUUCGCAAUUUCCAGUACAUGUUGCCCCAGAUCCGAGGAAUCACAAUUCACAUGCAGGACAAGCGUACUACAGUCAGCUUCCCUCGAAAUCGAUACGAAGACUUGAUGAAAGUUGUGGAAAACAGCAAUGAGCAUGUGAUGGCAAUAGGGGCGUGUUUCAGCACCGAGGCCGACUCCCAUCUAGUGUGUUUACAGAACGAUGAUGGAAAUUAUCAGACGCAGGCCAUCAACAUACAGAACAAGCCACGGAAAGUGACGGGAGCCAGUUUUGUCGUGUUUAAUGGUGCCUUGAAGCCCAGUUCUGGACUGCGGGCCAAGUCCAGCAUAGUGGAAGACGGCUUAAUGGUCCAGAUCACUCCGGAGUCCAUGGCGGCUCUCAAACAGUCCAUCAAGGACAUGCGGGAGUUCACCAUUGGUUGUGGUCCUCUGGCAUCACAGUCACCUGAGGAAGUGGUUCUCAUCCAGUGGGUUCGCGAGGACAAACACAUCAACAUUGGAGUGAAGAGUCCGGUAGAUGGCAUGGCUAUGGAUGGGAUCACAAGUGUUCACAUUCCGCACGCCACCGACUACGUGGGAGAGCAUCGAGUUAUCAGGUGGACGGACGUCUUUUUCAUAGAGAACAAAGACGGGGGAUCUCGAGAACCCGUGGACGUCAGUCGAAUGGCGGAAACUCUGGCCAGUGCUGCGUGUAUUGCUCUCACUCCACAUCUGGACCAGCUUAAGGAGGCAGACCUGGUCAAGAUCGGACUAAGGGUGUCCUUAGAGACGGACAAGGUGGGCUAUGAAAUUGGAGCCAAUGAAGAAAAGUUGCCUGAUCUUUACAUGAAUGACUUAGACAACGAGUUGAUUCCUGUCAUCCACAGUGCAGUUCCCCUCUGUCGGGGGGGAUCAGUGGUCUUAGAGCUUAUAUUUCAUAUUCUGGAGUAAUCAAUAACAUCGAUGUCUGUACAUAGUGUUGUUGUUAAUUGUGACACAAAUACCGGUAGAUGACGUAUGUUUCGUUACUGCAUCACUGACAUCAGAACAGGAUUUUACGAGUGCCAGUCGAUGUAAUGACGUGUUCAUGUCCAAAGUUCUUAAUGUACAGAAAUUAUUUAUUCAGAGAAUUUUAUGAAGAAGUUGGAUAUUUCUCACCAUUCUGCAAUACAUGUAGUGCAUUUAUUUGUGAUGUAUUUUCUAGAUUCACUUAAAUAAAGUGAAUUGUCAAAGAAUAUGUUCAGGAGGCAACAUGUUUUUUUUUUUUCAUUUUUCUUUUCAGUUUUAUUUUUUGAGUGGUAGGGGAAUGUAAAAGAUUGCAUAAAAAUUAAAUUAGGGAAAUUAUGAAACUGUUUUUGAAUAAUAGUUGUAUAUUUUUUCAAAUGAAUACAGAAUUCUUUCUUGUUAAUGAGUGAAGUUCUACAUAAUAGAUUUCUCAGCGAGAGGGGGUUGGGAGCGGGCUUUUUUUAAUUAAAAGAUUAUAUCAAUUUGUAUUGUCGUGUAGGGGUUGUGAAUAAAUCCUUUAAUGCGUCCAGUACUUAGAGUCAGAAAUAUCUAACACUGGAUAUUUGCAGGCCUCUUUAAGACAUUAAAAUAUGUACAUUGUGUAAUUCAGAUUUUACACAUUUCAGGGAUUUUUGUAACUGUUUUUCUUAGUCAGCAUUUUCUUCAAGUCAUAGGGUUUGAAAAUUAAAAGUCAGAACAGAUUCUCUACUCAUAUCUGCCAUAUUAAUUUUGUAAUAGAUGUUACGUUUGAAUGUGUUAUAUAGUAGUAUAUAUAUAUAUAUAUAUGGGAGAUACAGUAUUGAUUUUGUAACAGGUGGUUGAAUGUGUUGUAGUAUGUAUAGGGGAGAUAUUUUGUCAAUUUGAAAACAUUAUGGUAUGUGUAUAUCUUAAAUCUUUGUAAUUUUUAAUAAAUUUUAUGUUAAACAUUUAAAGAAACAUAAGAACAAAGUCAAUAUCUAUAAUAUUAUAUAUUUAUUCAGCUUCAUUAUACAUUGAAAUACAGUUAUUGUUGGAGAGAUCUAAUUUGUUAAGGACGAAAGGAAGUUGUACCCUGGAAUGAGGAUUGAAAUCAUUGCUAAUAAAGAAAUAAUCUGCAUA